AUGUGUUCAGUUCUUUCCCCAAAGCAUGCCGACCACUCCAGGUUAAUCAGGAACGUGCUUUUCCAGGGGUCACUGUCAUUCGGGGAUGUGGCUGUGGGCUUCACUCGGAAGGAGUGGCAGCAGCUGGACUCUGCGCAGAGGAGCCUGUACCGGGAUGUGAUGCUGGAGAACUACAGCCACCUGGUCUCCGUAGGGUGUCAAGUCAGCAAACCAGCUGUGAUCUCCAGGUUGGAGCAGGGGAAAGAGCCAUGGGUGGAGAAGGAGGAGAUGCGCAGGUGGAGCUUCCCAGAAGUUUGGCAAGUAGGUAGACAACAGCAACACCAAGACAAACGUUUGGGUGAUGCAGACCUAAACCAGAAAAAUGUGAACAAAAAAGAUCUCCAAGGAUGCAAUGAACUUGGAAAAAAUUCCCAUCAGAACACAAACCUCAUCCCUUCAGGACAACCAGCCCACACAUGUAAGUCGUGUGGAAAGAGUUUGAAAUGCAAUGUGGACUUCAGUCCUACUGCAUACCUUGCAAGAAGGAGAUUUGAGUGUGACAGACAUGGGAACUAUUUCUGUAUUCUAAGCUUGAAACUCCGCCUUCUGGAGAGAAUCCACGUGAAUGUAACCAGUGUAGAAAAGCUUUAAGCCACGACAAAGCCCUUAAUGCAGGUCAGGGAAGCAACAGCAGUGAGAAACCCCACAAGUGCACCAAGUGUGGAAAAACCUUCCCCCGC